GGAGCUGAAUAAAAACUCUGGUCUUAUCAACAUUAAGUGCAGCUUCUCUUUGUUCUGCAUUUAUAAUGGAUGUGAGGAUGGGGCACUCUUUGCUCUGUUUGCUGGGGUUAUUCUUGCUCAGUACAGUCAUCCAUGGAAACACUGAAGGAGGGGAAGUGAAGGUCACUCUGACAGCAGACAGAUUAAUCAUACCAGCAGGGGGCAGUGUGACACUGACCUGUGAUGUGAAACACUCUGACUUAAAAUAUGAGUGGUUCAGAGAAACCUCAUCUGCAGUGAAGUCCACAGAAGCUGCUGGAUCAGAUAAAGUGAUCAGGAUCUCUAAAGAAUGCAAAUACCAAUGCAGAGGAUGGAGAACAGACAAAACUUCACUCAUAGCACAAAGUGAUCCAGUCAUCAUUCAGGAAACUGCUGACUUUAAAAAUGUCAUAUGAAAUAAAACUCUCCAAAAUCUCCAAAGUUUAGGGAUCAGAGAGGGAUAUUAUUAUGAUAUAAAAUUGUGUCACAAAGGGAUUCAACAAAACUGUCAUAAAGUUAUAACAAACAAUAUUGAGGUUAUAAUAUUUAAUGAUAAUGUUAUUAUUUUGUUAAUAAUAAUAUGUUAAACAGUCAGAAAUUAAAUGUUUGGUUCAGUCAUUCAUAAAUGUGUUUUGUGAUUUGGCCCCUAAUGCUCCAGUUAUUGUUAUCAGUUUUUUUUUUCACAGGCCAUCUUGACCAAUGGCCUGUGUUGGAUCCACUUUUGCUCUGUGUAUUUUUAUUGUUUUGGUCACUUUUAUUGAACCACGCUGACUCUCUACUGACCUACGAUCGUGAAACUCUGUUAAA